AUGGCCGGUUCGUUGGCGGUCCUGGAGCCGCCUGCUGUCAUAGGGCUGCGGCCACCGCGAACUUCACAUGGAAGCCACGGAAAGCGCCGAUUUCUUCAGGUGCCCUCGCUUCUACGCGGCACCUCAUUGCCAGCGCAUGCAGCACAGGGCUCUUUGUUGAAGCAGGCGGCUGGCACUGCAGCGAUCGCGGCCGUGCUGGGGCGUCGUCCGAGGCCUUUGAUCCUGCGACGGGCCAUCAUGUGGGAUCGCGAGUUAGAGCCUCUGGCCCCCAUCACGAAGAAGGUCUUCUUGGAGGUGGAGGGCGACGGCCAGGAUGCGCCGUGCGGGCGCAUUGUCUUCGGCCUCUAUGCGGAUCUGGUUCCCAAGGCCGCCGAGAACUUCCGCGCGCUGUGCACUGGGGAGAAGGGGCUUUCUUACCGCGGCAGCCGCUUCCACCGAAUCUUCUGGGACUUCAUGGUGCAAGGCGGCAAGAUCGAGACUGCGGAUGGCGUGUAUGGCGCAACCUUUGAGGAUGAGGAGUCAGGCUUGGACCUCUAUCAUGAGCGCCCUGGAUUGCUUGGAAUGGCCAACAGUGGCCCCGACACAAACAGUACGCAGUUCUACAUCACCACUGCGAAAGCCGAGUUCCUCGACGGAGAGCACGUGCUUUUCGGAGAGGUGCUCCAGGGCAAAGACGUUGUUCUGGCCAUCGAGAGAUGUGCUACGCAGUCUGGCGACCCUUCGCAAAGCAUUGUUGUGACGGCCUGCGGCGAGAUCUGA